AUGAAGCUACCUCAAGGAUUCGCCAAGGAAAAUGACAUGAGAGUUUGCAAAUUAAAUAAAUCUCUUUAUGGCCUAAAACAAGCAUCUCAUAAUUGGUACCAAAAGUUCACCUCUUCUCUUCUCGAACUCGGUUUUAAGCAAUGCAAGGCCGACUACUCCCUCUUCAUUUUCAGGCAAAAUAAAUGUUUUGUGGCAGCUCUCAUAUAUGUUGAUGAUGUCAUUAUGGUGGGCAACGACGUCGGUAAAAUAAGACAUACAAAAGAAGAACUUGAUAAACGUUUCAGCAUCAAAGACUUGGGUACCCUAAAGUACUUUCUUGGCAUAGAAGUCGCUCGUACGAAGGACGGCCUUGUUCUAAGCCAAUGGAAGUACAUUCUUGAUAUCCUUGAUGAUUGUGGGAUGCAAGGAUGCAAGCCAAGUCCUUUUCCUUUUGAGCGGAACCUAAAGUUGGAUAAAGGAAGUACCGAACCCAAGGCUGAUGCAAAUCGUUACCGCCGCUUGGUGGGAAGACUACUCUACCUACAGGACACAAGGCCCGACAUUGCCUACUCCGUCAAUGUACUAAGUCAAUUUGUGGCCGACCCAAGGCAAAAUCAUAUGGAUGCGGCAUAUCGAGUCCUACGUUAUUUAAAAGGGACCGAUGGACAAGGCAUCCUUUUGCCUCGGGAUGGCAGACAUGAUUUAACUGCAUAUUGUGACUCUGAUUGGCUCGGAUGCCCGUUUACUAGAAGAUCUCGAACACGAUACAUUCUUUUUCUUGGCGGAGCGCCCGUGUCUUGGAAGACAAAGAAACAAUCUGUGGUGUCUCGCUCUUCUACGGAAGCUGAAUACCGGUCUAUGGCCUCCACCAUUAGCGAAAUAUUAUGGAUGAGAUGGCUCUUCAAGGAGCUCGACAUUGUUCUACAUAAACCAACUCGUCUAUUUUGUGACAAUCAAGCUGCAACUCAUAUCGCUAGCAAUCCUGUUUUCCAUGAGCGAACCAAACACGUCGAAAUGGAUUGUUACUUCGUCCGCGAAAGAGUCGAGUCUCGUGAAGUUCAACCUCUUCGUAUUGACACUCGCAUGCAGAUCGCGGACCUUCUUACAAAGGGAUUGGGCUCCCAAAAUCUCCAGUUUUUACUUGACAAGUUGGGCACUAGAAAUCUACAUGCUCCAACUUGA